AUGCAGAAGACACUACUACUAUCUCAAGUAUCAAGGCAUCUAUGCAGAAGACACUACUACUAUCUCAAAUAUCAAGGCAUCUAUGCUGAAGACACUACAAGAUCUAUAUCAAAUCUAUCAAGGCAUCUAUGCAGAAGACACUACUACUAUCUCAAAUAUCAAGGCAUCUAUGCAGAAGACACUACUACUAUCUCAAAUAUCAAGGCGUCUAUGCAGAAGACACACUACUAUCUCAAGUAUCAAGGCAUCUAUGCAGAAGACACUACUAUCUAUCUAUCUCUAUCAGGCAUCUAUGCAGAAGACACUACUACUAUCUAUCAAGGCAUCAGACACUACUACAAGGCAUCUAUGCAGAAGACACUACUACUAUCUCAAGUAUCAAGGCAUCUAUGCAGUAUCAAGGCAUCUACUACUAUCUCAAGUAUCAAGGCAUCUAUGCAGAAGACACUACUACUAUCAAAACUACUAUCAAGGCAUCUAUGCAGAAGGCUAUCUCAAAUAUCAAGGCAUCAUGCAAGACACUACUACUAUCUCAAAUAUCAAGGCAUCUAUGCAGAAGACACUACUACUAUCUCAAGGCAAGGUCUAUGCAGAAGACACUACUACUAUCUCAAAUAUCAAGGCAUCUAUGCAGAAGACUACUAUCUCAAAUAUCAAUCUAUCAGGGCACGAUACUACUAUCUCAAAUAUCAAGGCGUCUAUGCAGAAGACACUACUACUAUCUCAAAUAUCAAGGCAUCUAUGCAGAAGACACUACUACUAUCUCAUGCAGUAUCAAAUAAAGGCAUCUAUGCAGAAGACACUACUACUAUCUCAAGUAUCAAGGCAUCUAUGCAGAAGACACUACUACUAUAUCUCAAGUAUCAAAGGCAUCUAUGCAGAAAGACACUACUACUAUCUCAAGUAUCAAGUCUAAGACUACUCCAGUAUCCAAAAGACACUAUGCAAGACACUACUACUAUCUCAAAUAUCAAGGCAUCUAUGCAGAAGACACUACUACUAUCUCAAAUAUCAAGGCAUCUAUGCAGAAGACACUACUACUAUCUCUAUGCAAGUAUGCAUGAAGAAGACACUACUACUAUCUCAAAUAUCAAGGCAUCUAUGCAGAAGACACUACUACUAUCUCAAAUAUCAGGCAUCUAUGCAGAAGACACUACUACAGAAAUAUCAACAUCUAUGCAGAAGACACUACUACUAUCUCAAAUAUCAAGGCAUCACUACUACUAUCUCAAAUAUCAAGGCAUCUAUGCAGAAGACACUACUACUAUCUCAAAUAUCAAGGCAUCUAUGCAGAAGACACCACUACUAUUAUCUCAAAUAUCAAGGCAUCUAUGCAGAAGACACUACUACUAUCUCAAAUAUCAAGGCAUCUAUGCAGAAGACACUACUACUAUCUCAAAUAUCAUCUAUGCAGAAAGACACUAUUACUAUCUCUAUCAAGGCAUCAUGAAGACACUACUACUAUCUCAAAUAUCAUGGCAUCUAUGCAGAAGACACUACUACUAUCUCAAGUAUCAAGGCAUCUAUGCAGAAGACACUACUACUAUCUCAAAUAUCAAGGCAUCUAUGCAGAAGACACUACUAUAUAUCUCAAGUAUCAAGGCAUCUAUGCAGAAACACUACUACUAUCUCAAAUAUCAAGGAAGCAUCUAUGCAGAAGACACUACUACUAUCUCAAGUAUCAAGGCAUCUAUGCAGAAGACACUACUACUAUCUCAAAUAUCAAGGCAUCUAUGCAGAAAGACACUACUACUAUCUAUCAAGGCGUCUAUGCAGAAGACACUACUACUAUCUCAAAUAUCAAAGGCAUCUAUGCAGAAGACACUACUACUAUCUCAAAUAUCAAGGCAUCUAUGCAGAAGACACUACUACUAUAUCUCAAAAUAUCAAGGCAUCUAUGCAAAUAGACACUACUACUAUCAAUCUCAAAUAUCAAGGCAUCUAUGCAGAAGACACUACUACGAUCUCAGUAUCAAAGGCGUCUAUCAGAAGACACACUACUAUCUCAGGCAUCUAUCAAGGCACUCUAUCUAUGCAGAAGACACUACUACUAUCUCAUAUCAAGCGUCUAUGCUACUACUAUCUCAAAUAUCAAGGCGUCUAUGCAGAAGACACUACUACUCAAAUAUCAAGGCAUCUAUGCAGAAGACACUACUACUAUCUCAAAUAUCAAGGCAUCUAUGCAGAAGACACUACUACUAUCUCAAAUAUCAAGGCAUCUAUGCAGAAAGACACUACUAUCUCUCAAGUAUCAAGGCAUCUAUGCAGAAUACACUACUACUAUCUCAAUCUAUCCAAUCUCAAAUAUCAAGGCAUCUAUGCAGAAGACACUACAUUCAAAAUAUCAAGGCAUCUAUGCAGAAGACACUACUACUAUCAAGUAUCAAGCAUCUAUGCAGAAAACACUACUACUAUCUCAAGUAUCAAAGGCAUCUAUGCAGAAUACACUACUACUAUCUCAAAUCUAUCAAGGCAUCUAUGCAAGCAGAACACUACUACUAUCUCAAGUAUCAAGGCAUCUAUGCAGAAGACACUACUACUAUCUCUAUUCAGAAGUAUCAAGGCAUCUAUGCAGAAGACAUACUAUCGAUCUCAAAUAUCAAGGCAUCUAUGCAGAAGACACUACUACUAUCUCAAAUAUCAAGGCAUCUAUGCAGAAGACACUACUACUAUCUCAAAUAUCAAGGCAUCUGUAACUACUACUAUCUAUGCAUCUAUGAAGACACUACUACUAUCUCAAAUAUCAAGGCAUCUACUAUCUCAGUAAGACACUAUGCUACUAUCUCAAGUAUCAAGGCAUCUAUGCAGAAAGACACUACUACUAUCUCAAAUAUCAAGGCAUCUAUGCAGAAGACACUACUACUAUCUGACUCAAGGCAUCCUAUGCAGAAGAACUCGAUCUCAAGUAUCAAAGGCAUCUAUGCAGAAGACACUACUACUAUCUCAGGUAUCAAGGCUAUCUAUGAAGAAGACACUACUACUAUCUCAAAUAUCAAGGCGAAAUUUUCUACUAUCUCUCUAUGCAGAAGACACUACCACGAUCUCAAAUAUCAAGGCAUCUAUGCAGAGACACUACUACUAUCUCUCAAGCAUCUAUGCAGAAGACACUACUACUAUCUCAAGUAUCAAGGCAUCUAUGCAGAAGACACUACUACUAUCUCUGGCAUCAAGGCAUCUAUGCAGAAAGACAUACUACUAUCUCCAAGUAUCAAGGCAUCUAUAGAAGACACUACUACUAUCUCAAAUAUCAAGGGAAUCUAUGCAGGAAGACACUACUACUAUCUCAAGUAUCAAGAGGCAUCUAUGCAGAAGACACUACUACUAUCUCAAGAUCACUACUACUAUCUCAUCAAGGCAUCUCAAGACACUACUAUCAAAUCUCAAGGCGUAUCGAUCUCAAGGCAUCUAUGCAGAGACACUACUACUAUCUCAAGUAUCAAGGCAUCUAUAUCUACUACUAUCUCAAGUAUCAAGGCAUCUAUGCAGAAGACACUACUACUAUCUCAAAUAUCAAGCAUCUAUGCAGGCGUACUAUCUCAAAAUAGAAGAAUGCGAAGACCUACUACUAUCUCAAGUAUCAAGGCAUCUAUGCAGAAGACACUACUACUAUCUCAAGUAUCAAGGGCAUCUAUGCAGAAGACACUACUACUAUCUCAAAGGCAUCAAGGCAUCUAUGCAGAGACACUACUACUAUCUCAAGUAUCAAAUAUCAAACACUAUCUAUGCAGGAAGAAACACUACGACUAUCUCAAUAUCAAGGCAUCUAUGCAGACACUACUACUAUCUAAAUAUCAAGGCAUCUAUGGAGAAGACACACUACUACCAAAUAUCAAGGCAUCUAUCUCAAAUAUCAAGGCAUCUAUGCAGAAGACACUACUACUAUCUCAAGUAUCAAGGCAUCUAUGCAGAAGACACUACUACUAUCUCUCAAUAUCAAAGGCAUCUAUGCAGAAGACACUACUAGCGUCUAUGCAGGAACCUCUCAAAUAUCAAGGCAUCUAUGCAGAAGACACUACUAUAUCUCAAGUAUCAAGGCAUCUAUGCAGAAGACACUACUACUAUCUCAAAUAUCAAGGCAUCUAUGCAGAAGACACUACUACUAUCUCAAAUAUCAAGGCAUCUAUGCAGAAGACACUACUACUAUCUCAAAUAUCAAGGCACUCACCAUCUGAAGAAGGCACACUACUACUAUCUCAAAUAUCAAGGCAUCUAUGCAGAAGACACUACUACUAUCUCAAAUAUCAAGGCAUCUCAAAUGCAGAAGACACUACUACUAUCUCAAAUAUCAUGCAUCUAUGCAUCUAUGCAGAAGACACUACUACUAUCACAGGCAUCUAUGCAGAAGACACUACUACUAUCUCAAAUAUUAAGGCAUCUAUGCAGAAGACACUAUAUUAUCUCAAAUAUCAAGGCAUCUAUGCAGAAGACACUACUAUCAAGGCAUCUAUCUCAGUAUCAAGGCAUCUAUGCAGAAGACACUACUACUAUCUCAGAGUAUCAAGGGCAUCUAUGCAGAAGUACACUACUACUAUCUCAAGUAUCCAGGCAUCUAUUCAGGAAGACACUACUACUAUCUCUCAAAAGUAUCAAGGCAUCUAUGCAGAAGACACUACUACUAUCUCAAAUAUCAAGGCAUCUAUGCAGAAGACAUACCUCUCUACUAUCUACUAUCAAGGUAUCAAGGCAUCUAUGCAGAAGACACUACUACUAUCUCCAAAUAUCAAGGCAUCUCAAAAUAUCAAGGCGUCUAUGAAGACACACUACUAUCUCAAAUAUAAAGGCAUCUAUGCAGAAGACACUACUACUAUCUCAAGUAUCAUGCAGAGCAUCUAUGCAGAAGACACUACUACUAUUCCAAGUAUCAAGGCAUCUAUGCAGAAGACACUACUACUAUCUCAAUAUCAAGGCACUCUACUAAUGAAGCAUCUAUGCAAAGACACUACUAUUAUCUCAAACUAUCUCAAAUCAAGGCAUCUAUGCAACACUACUACUAUCUCAAAUAUCAAGGCAUCUAUCUCAAAUAUCAACACUAUGCAGAACACUACUACUAUCUCAAGUAUCAAGGCAUCUAUGCAAGAGGAAGAAGACACUACUACUAUCUCAAAUAUCAGGCAUCUAUGCAGAAGACAUCUAUACACUACUAUCUCAAGUAUCAAGGCAUCUAUGCAGAAGACACUACUACUAUCUCAAACUAUCAAUCAAGGCAUCUAUGCAGAAGACACUACUACUAUCUCAAAUAUCAAGGCAUCUACUGCAGAAGACACUGUACUACUAUCCUAUAAAUAUCAAGGCAUCUAUGCAGAAGACACUACUACUCUCUAUCUCAGGCAUCUAUCAAGGCUACUCUAUGCAUCUAUGCAGAAGACACUACUACUAUCUCCAAAUAUAAAGGUCUAUGCAGAAGACACUACGACUAUCUCAAGUAUCAAGGCAUCUAUGCAGAAGAAACUACUAUCUCAAAUAUCAAGGCAUCUAUGCAGAAGACACUACUACUAUCUCAAGUAUCAAAGGCAUCUAUGCAGAAGACACUACUACUAUCUCAAUUAUCAAGGCAUGUCUAUGCAGAAGACACUACUUACUAUCUCAAGUAUCAAGGCAUCUAUGCAGAAGACACUACCACGAUAUCUCAAAUAUCAAAGGCAUCUAUGCAGAAGACACUACCCCUAUCUCAAGUAUCAAAGGCAUCUAUCUCUAUCUCAAUAUCAAGGCAUCUAUGCGAAGACACUACUACUAUCUCAAAUAUCAAGGCAUCUAUGCAGAAGACACUACGAUCCUCAAGUAUCAAGGCAUCUAUGCAGGAGCACUACCACUCCAACUAUCAAGGUAUCUCAAAUAUCAAGUAUCAAUACUGUUGAAGACACUAUUACUAUCUCAAGUAUCAAGGCAUCUAUGCAGAAGACACUACUACUAUCUCAAUUAUCAAGGCGUCUGUGCAGAAGACACUACUACUAUCUCAAGUAUCAAGGCAUCUAUGCAGAAGACACUACUACCAUAUCUCAAGGUAUAAAGGCAUCUAUGCAGAAGACACUACUACUAUCUCAAGCAUCUAUGCGAAGACACUACUACUAUCUCAAAUAUCAAGGCAUCUAUGCAGAAGACACUACUAUAUCUCAAGUAUCAAGGCAUCUAGUGCAGAAGACACUACUACUAUCUCCAAAUAUCAAGGCAUCUAUGCAGAAGACACUACUACUAUCUCAAAUAUCAAGGCAUCUAUGCAGAAGACACUACUAUCAUCUCAAGUAUCAAGGCAUCUAUGCAGAAGACACUACUUAUCUCAAAUAUCAAGGCAUCUAUGCUGAAGACACUACUACUAUCUCAAGUAUCAAGGCAUCUAUGCAGAAGACACUACUACUCAAAUCUCAAGGCGUCUAUCAAGGCAUCUAUGUCAGAAGACACUACUAUCUCAAAUAUCAAGGCAUCUAUGCAGAAGACACUACUACUAUCUCAAAUAUCAAGGCAUCUAUGCAGAAGACACUACUACUAUCUCAAUAUCAAGGCAUCUAUGCAGAAGACACUACUACUAUCUCCAAGUAUCAAGGCAUCUAUGCAGAAGACACUACUACUAUCUCAAGUAUCAAAGGCAUCUAUGCAGAAGACACUACUACUAUCUCAAGUAUCAAGGCGUCUAUGCAGAAAACACUACUACUAUCUCAAAUAUCAAGGCAUCUAUGCAGAAGACACUACUACAAGGCAUCUCACAAGUAUCAAGGCAUCUAUGCAGAAGACACUACUACUAUCUCAAAUAUCAAGGCAUCUAUGCAGAAGACACACUACUAUCUCAAAUAUCAAGGCAUCUAUGCAGAAGACACUACUAUUAUCUCAAAUAUCAAGGCGUCUACAGAAGAAACUACUACUAUCUCAAGCAUCUAUGCAGAAGACACUACUACUAUCUCAAAUAUCAAGGCAUCUACUACUAUCUCAAAUAUCAAGGCAUCUAUGCAGAAGACACUACUACUAUCUCAAAUAUCAAGGCAUCUAUACGAAACACCCUACCACGAUCAAAUCAAGGCAUUUAUGCAGAGAAGACACUACUAUCUCCAAAUAUCAAGGCAUCUAUGCAGAAACACUACUACUAUCUCAAAUAUCAAGGCAUCUAUGCAGAAGACACUACCACGAUCUCAAAUAUCAGGCAUCUAUGCAGAAGACACUACUACUAUCUCAAGUAUCAAGGCAUCAUGCAGAAGACACUACUACUAUCUCUCAAGUAUCAGGGCAUCUAUGCUGAAGACACUACUACAAUAUCUCAACUAUAUCAAGGCAUCUAUGCAGAAGACACUACUACUAUCUCAAGCGUCUGCAGAAGACACUACUAUUAUCUCAAGUAUCAAGGCAUCUAUGCAGAAGACUAUCUCAAGUAUCAAGGCAUCUAUGCAGAAAACUGCUACAAUUUCAAAUAUCAAGGCAUCUAUGCAGAAGACACUACUACUAUCUCAAGUAUUAAGGCAUCUAUGCAGAAGACACACUACUACUAUCUCAAGUAUCAAGGCAUCUAUGCAAGACACUACUACGGUCUCCAAGUAUCCAAGGCAUCUAUGCGUGAAAUUAUCUACGUAUGCAGAACACCACCAUCUCAAGUAUCAAAGGCAUCUAUGCAGAAGACGCACUACUCUCUUAAGUAUCAAGGCAUCUAUGCAGGAAGACACUACUACUCUCUCACAAGGCAUCCGAAAAAGCUACUACUAUCUCAAGUAUCAAGGCAUUUAUGCAGAAGACACUACUACUAUCAGUCAAGGCGUCUAUCAAGACACACUACAUUUCAAAUAUGCUGAAGACACUACUACUAUCAAUAUCAGCGCAUCUAUGCAGAAGACACUACGAUUUCAAAUAUCAAGGCAUCUAUGCCGUAGGGACACUACUACUAUCUCAAGGAUCAAGGCGUCUGUGAAGCACGAGAAUAAGGCAUCUAUGCAGAAGACACUACUCUCAAGUAUCAAGGCAUCUAUGCUGAAGACACUACCACGAUCUCAAGCGUCUAUGAAUAGAAGACACUGCUACUAUCUCAAAUAUCAAGGCGUCUAUGCAGAAGACACUACGAUCUCAAGUAUCAAGGGCAUCUAUGCAAAGACACCACUACUAUCUCAAGUAUCCAAGGCAUCUAUGCAGAAGACACUACUACUAUCUCAAAUCAAGGCAUCUAUGCAGAAGACCUACCACUAUCUCAAGCAUCUAUGCAUGAAGACACUACCACGAUCUCAAGUAUCAGGCAAGGACACUACUACUAUCUCAGUAGAAGAAGACACUACUACUAUCUCAACAUCAAGGCAUCUAUGCGCAAGACACUACCGAUCUCAAGUCUAUGUUGAAGACACUACCACGAUCUCAAGUAUCAAGGCAUCUAUGCAGAAAACACUAACACUAUCUCGACUAUCUCAAGUAUCAAGGCAUCUAUGCAGAAGACACUACCAAGAUCUCAAGCAUCUAUGCAAGGCUACUACUAUCUCAGAGUAUCAAGGCAUCAGAAGACACUACCACGAUCUCAAAUAUAAAGGCAUCUAUGCAGAAGACACUACUACUAUCUCAAGUAUCAAGGCGUCUAUGCAGAAGACACCAACACGAUCUCAAGUAUCAAGCAUUCAUGAAGACACUAUCUCAAGUAUCUAUAAGAAGACACUUCAUCUCAAGUAUCAAGGCGUCUAUGCAGAAGACACUACUACUAUCUCAAGUAUCAAGGCAUCUAUGCAGAAGACACUACUAAUCUCAAAUAUCAAGGCAUCUAUGCAGAACACUACUACUAUCUCAAGCAUCUAUGCAGAAGACACUACUACUAUCUCAAGUAUCAUUUAUGGCAUCUAUGCAAAUGAAGAAGACACUACUACUAUCUCAAAUAUCAAGGCGUCUAUGCAGAAGACACUUACUAUCUAUCUCAACUAUAUCAAGGCAUCUGUGCAGAAGACACUACUACUAUCUCAAGCAUCUAUGCAGAAGACACUACCACUUAUCUCAAAUAUCAAGGCAUCUAUGCAGAAGAAACUACUACUAUCUCAAGUAUCAAGGCAUCUAGCAGAAGACACUACUACUAUCUCAAGUAUCCAAGGCAUCUAUGCUGAAGACACUACUAUCUCAAAUAUCAAGGCAUCUAUGCGAAGAACUACUACUAUCUCCAAGUAUCAAGGCAUCUAUGCAGAAGACACUACUACUAUCUCCAAGCAUCAGGCAUCUAUGCAGAAUACACUACUACAUCUCUAUCAGGGCGUCAAUGAAGAAGACACUACCACUAUCUCAAGUAUCAGAAGGCAUCUAUGCAGAAGACACUACCAUUAUCUCAAUAUCAAGGCAUCUAUGCAGAAGACACUACUACUAUCUCAAGUAUCAAGGCAUCUAUGCAGAAGUGACACUACUAGUUUCAAAUAUCUCAUUCUCAAGUAUCAAGGCAUCUAUGCAGAAGACACUACCAUGAUCUCAAGGAUCAAGGCAUCUAUGGUACAGACACUACUACUAUCUCAAGUAUCAAGGCAUCUAUGCAGAAUACACUACUACUAUCUCAAGUAUCAAGGCAUCUAUGCAGAAGACUACUACUCUCUCACGAUCUGA